AUGGCGCGAUCUCGCGGAUAUCAAGAGCUGCAGAUGAAACCUUUUCUGUUGCUUUUGACAGAUUUGUCAAUGGAGAAUCUGAAGCCACUAAGCGCGUUAUAUCGAACAUUCAAUCCUUUCAUGAUUGUUCAGAGAAAGCAAGAGAGCGCAAGGAACAACAGUCGUGACAACGUCAUCGAAUCUGAGUUUCCAGAUGCUGCUCUUGAGAUUACGGAGGAAGAGAUUUUACAAGCUUCAGAUGGUGUUUUCUCCACUUGUGAGAUGCUUUAUGCGGAAGUUGUGAUGAAUAUUGCGGAAGAACAUGGAGUCUUUGUUGAUGACUUACCUGACAUUGCUUUGCAGAAGCCUGCUAGCAAUGCUCGUGAUGUUGAUCUGGGAAACUACGAUAUGUGGCACAAUCACAUACAAAAAGCUGAAGCCUGCGACAUUGGAGUGACUGGCAAAGUCCCUCGCGAUACUGGAGCUGUGCAAAAUAUCGAAUCCCACACUAAUCCGGCUUCUCCUGAUGCAUCCGGCAGUGUUGCGUCGAUCAUUACACAUUCUCCGACCUCGCCUGAUUGCCCAGAUUUUUUGAACAAAGAUCAACGGGUCGCCUUCACAAUUGUCGCCAAUCAUCUUGCAGGCAAAAACCCUGUGCAGUUGCUUAUGCAAAUUCAUGGUCAAGGUGGUACUGGCAAGACCAAGCUUAUACACGCCAUUACAGAUUUGUUUAUUCACAGAGGUUGUGUGUUGCUGCGUGUCAGAUCGGAGGAAGCACUCUCCACUCUUGGGCCACUAUUCCCGCAGGCAAAGGUUUGCCUUGCUCUGAUUCAUGGAUUUUGUGUCCUCCUAUUGUGA